AUGUCCUUGCCGCCAUAUUCGUUCGAUCUGGCACCAGCCGACAUGUUACAACACGAUUAUACACAGCAAGCACAUGGGCCCUACGGUGUUGAUGAAAUGUCUGCAUUUUCCUUGCCGGUACAACACCUGGAGGCUCUUCUUGCAACUACACAGCCUUACGUCUCAAACUCAUACAACCCAUCUGUUACGCUGUCCAGCCUUGAGCAACAAAGCGGGGAUUCUGUCACUAAUGGGCAGUACAGGCUUGCAGCAGCCAAGAUACCUGCAGCAUCCAUGGGUCCGCCAGCUCGGCCGCGAAAGCGCAAAGCGCCGACUUUGCGUGCAGACGCCUGGGAGCAGUGCGAGGGCCGCAUUCUGGAGCUGCACAUCACGCAAAAAUUGCCGUUGCCGGAAGUCAAGAAGAAGAUCAAGGAGGAGACCGGGUUUGACGCUACCCUGCGGCAAUACCGCACACGCAUUAGCCAAUGGAACCAGGACAAGAACGUGAAGCCAGAGGAGAUGCAAGCGAUUGUCAGGAAACGCCAAAGAAGAAAGCUAAUCGAAACCAAUAAGCGUGAGCUGAUCUUUAAUGUGCGAGGCAAUCAUGUGCCGCCACAGAAGAUCGAGCGAUGGAUGAAGAGACACGACGUGGCUGGGAGCUUCUUAUACAGCCCCAUAUCGGCAGCGUCCACCCCUUCUGCUCUGGGAUGCCAUACCAUAUCCGAUCGAGGCUCUCCCGCGCUGAUCUCAAUGAACUCUCCAGCAGCUUCGAUGUCCAUGUCAGGUGCUUUCAACUAUGUGGUUCCGAAUCCACAGGUAGCCUCUCCCGCAUUGUCAGUCUCGAGCCUUGUCCACCAUCAAGGCAGUGAUUUUACCGGACAAAGUCCAGCCCUCGCGUAUCGGUCGCUUUCAAUCCACCAUUUCAGCUCGUCGUUUCCUAUUCCUAGCACUGAUGAGCAAAUGUCUGUUGAUACACGACCUCGAUACAAACAAGACGAGGAACAGCAGCUACGAGAACGCAUCGCAAUGGCACAGAUAUCAAUCGGGACCACCCCAUUAGAAAAUUUAGGCAACCUACGCAAUCUUGGCUGGGUGCUCAUUGAGCAAGGAAGGUACAGGAAGGCAGAAUGUGUGGCCCGCGACCUGCUUGUUCAAAGCCGCAGUCACCAGAGCGAUGGUAGCGACAAAGACGUGCACACCCUUCGGGCUCUGGAGCUUCUGGGCCACGUUCUAAAAGGUCAGGGAAUGUACAUCCAGGCUGAGCGACUGUUACGACAUGUGUUGAGAGGAAACGAGAAGGUGCUUGGACCAGAGCACCCAGCCACUCUUGCUAGCAUUGGCAAUCUUGGGCUGGUGCUAGAAAAGCUGGAAAGAUACGUGGAAGCAGCGGAAAAGCAUCGAGAGGUUCUAGGAAGGAAUACCAAAGUGUUUGGUCCGGGGCACACAAACACGCUUACUAGCAUUAGCAACCUUGCAUCAGUGCUGGUCAAAACAGGCAGUCAUGAAGAGGCGAAAGCACACUUUGAAGAAUCGUUCGAAGGAUUUAAAAAGCAGCUUGGGACAGAGCAUCCGUACACACUUGCUAGCAUGGACAACCUCGGUACGGCGUUAGAAAGGCUAGGUAGGUACGAAGAAGCAGAGGCAAUGUUUCGACAGGCACUAGAGGGGAGUAUCAAGGUACUUGGACCAGAGCAUCCCGAAACAAUCAUCAGUAUCAGCAACCUUGGGAUGGUACUAGAGAGGAUGGGGCUGCACGAGGAAGCAGAGGCGAAGCGUCGACAAGCACUGCAAGCCAGGGAAAAGGUACUUGGGUCGAAACAUCCAUCAACGCUUGACAGUAUUUGCGCCCUUGCAUUGCUGCUAGAAGCGCGGGGCAAGUUCAUGGAGGCAGAAGAGGUACGCCAGCGGGGCCGCAAAGAAUGGGGAACCCCUACCCACCUUGAACGCGAGGCACAUCUACCUGCGCCGGCCACGCUCAUCAACUAG